AUGUCCACCAGCGGCUUCUCAGAUCUGCGCGACAAGCUCCGGUCGAUGCCGCCGCACCGGGAAGAGCGCCGGACGAGCAACGGCAGCAGCGGCGAGGUGGGCCGAAAGCGCCGUCGCCGCGAAUCCGACGACGACGAGUGCGAUCACAGCGACGACAGCGGCGAGCUCCGCGAGCAAGAGGCCGACCGAGUGCGGAGCAGCGUCCAGCAGAAGAGCAUCUUUACGCCGGAGGAAUGCGCGCGUAUCGAGGAGAAGAUCGACCAGGUGGUGGCCAAGGCUGAGGCCGGACUCUACCGCGAGCACACGGUGGACCGCGCGCCACUGCGCAACAAGUACUUCUUCGGCGAGGGCUACACGUACGGAGCGCAGCUGGAAAAGCGCGGUCCCGGCCAGGAGAGGCUCUACCGCAAGGGCCAGGUGGACGAAAUCCCCAGCUGGGUGCAUGAGCUGGUCAUCCAGCGGCUGGUGUCCGACGGCAUCAUCCCGGAGGGCUUCGUCAACAGCGCGGUCAUAAACGACUACCAGCCCGGCGGCUGUAUCGUGUCCCACGUGGACCCGCUGCACAUCUUCGCCAGGCCAAUCGUGUCCGUGUCCUUCUUCAGCGACAGCGCGCUUUGCUUCGGGUGCCGCUUCCAGUUCAAGCCCAUCCGGGUAUCCGAGCCCGUCUUCGUGCUGCCUGUCCGCAGGGGCAGCGUCACUGUCCUCAGUGGCUAUGCUGCUGAUGACAUCACACAUUGCAUCAGACCUCAAGACAUCAAGGAGAGGCGAGCGGUCAUCAUACUUAGAAAAACCAGGCCCGAUGCUCCCAGACUUGACUCCGACAGCCCUUUAAGGUCUGCUCCAGUGGAGAGGGCGCCCCCCCUCAAAGCUAAGCGCUCACAUCGCAAGGCCGACCCGGAUGCCGCUCACAGACCGCGAGUGCUGGAGAUGGACAAGGAAGAGAACCGGCGGCCGUCAUCUUUCGGCCAGCGGCGUCACAGCUCGUCAUCGGACGACUACAGAAAGCGUGAGGCGGACUACGACAAACACCGCGAGAGCUCCUCGCGCAAAGUCAAAAUGCGCCGCCACUGA